AUGGACCAGGUAUCCGGUUCUUUGGUCGCUAUCAAAUCCGUCGAGCUCGCACGGUUAAACAAGAAACUGAAGGAGAACCUCUACAGCGAAAUCGAGAUCCUCAAGAAGCUCCGACACCCACACAUCGUUGCCCUCCAUGACUGCGUCGAAUCCUUGACCCAUAUCAACCUCAUGAUGGAAUACUGCGAGCUUGGUGACCUGUCGCUGUUCAUCAAGAAGAGGGAGAGGCUCAUCACCCACCCUGCUACUUGCGACAUGGCACGAAAGUACCCUAGCGUGCCCGGUGCCGGCCUCCACGAGGUGGUCAUCCGACAUUUCCUUCAGCAACUCGCUAGUGCGUUGCAAUUCUUGCGAGCUGGCAACUUUGUCCACCGCGAUAUCAAGCCGCAGAAUCUCCUGCUGCUUCCGUCCGUCCUCUACAGACAGUCGAACCUGGAUAGCCGGCCGAUCUUGAGCGCUAGUCGCGACUCGUUAAUACCGGCUGUCGGUUUGCAGUCGCUGCCAAUGCUAAAGUUGGCCGAUUUCGGCUUUGCCCGUGUCUUGCCAUCGACAUCGCUGGCUGAGACCCUCUGCGGGUCUCCACUCUACAUGGCGCCUGAAAUCUUGCGUUAUGAACGCUACGAUGCUAAGGCUGACUUGUGGUCCGUGGGGACCGUCGCGUACGAGAUGAUUUGUGGCAGACCACCCUUUCGGGCGAGUAACCACGUCGAACUGCUUAGGAAGAUCGAAAGCUCCGACGCCCAAAUCAAAUUCAUACGCGAAUGCCAGGUCAGCCCGGAUCUCAAAGCUCUGAUCCGCGCCCUCCUGAAGCGCAAGCCGGUCGAAAGAUUAAGCUUCGAGAGGUUUUUCGAGCAUCACGUCAUUGCUGGCGAGAUACCAGGCCUGGUCGAGGACGACGUACCGAGGGAGAAGAAGCAGCCGUCGAGGGAACUUCACGGCUCUCCUAGGACGAGUGGGACUGAUCUAGGCUCGCGGCGCAUAUCGGCUCAUCGUCGAUACGGGGCUGAGGCUGAUACAGCACGUCCAGAUGACGGAUCGCCGUCGCCUCGCGAGAGGCCGUCAAGACCCUCAUCCCUCAGCUCCCCAAUAGAGGGUCCGAUUCCCAACAUCUCGCGUGUCGCGCAGUCUCCGCGUGACGAAAUCGCCCCGGGUCUGGGAAUUCGAAGGCCGCAGCCGUCGCCUACACCUACGCCGCCGGCUCCCCGGCAAUCGCUGAUCGAUGACCAGCGAAAACGAGCGUCGUCUAAUGCCCCUGCCAACAAACAAGGCCAGCUUCCACAGGAGGAUCCUGGGAAGGUCAGGGGUAAGUCGGAGCGCGCUCUUGCUGACGAACGCGAGAGGGUACAGGAUGUGGCUCUCGAAAAGGAUUACAUCUUCAUAGAGAAAAGACACGUGGAAGUGAACGCGCUUGCGGAUGAGAUGGAAGCUAAAGGCGCUCAGGCACAAGCGUCGUCCCCGGCGUCGGGUGCAAUUGUCCGCCGUGCUACUCAACAGGGUAUCUCGACAUCGACGACGGGGGCGGUUGCCACCCAACCAUCCCACGCACUUCAAAUCGCCCCAGGGAGACAGCGGCCCGACCACUAUCGGCGAGGGUCCUACGAUAAAAAUGCCUCUAGCAGCCCCGGCUCUACGACUUCCGCCAUCUACGCCGCCAUCUCGGAUGCGAGCUUAAGGCUUCUCGGCUACAAAUACCCGCCACAUCUGCUUAGCAAAGGCGCGUCGCCCCCACAUCUCUACAGCGCAUUUCCGCCGUAUCCUAUGCCGGCUUCUUCGCCUGUUGGUCUCAUUACAGAUGGACGGCAGGGCAGCCCGAUUGAUGAGGACUCGCGUGCCGCUCAGUUUAUCGAGGACUACGCAACGCAGAGCGACGUCGUCUGGGGCUUUGCUGAAGUCAAGUACAAGCAAUUGGUGCCCGUACCGCCUUCGGCGGAUCACGGUUUGGGCGGAAUGCCUGCCGACGGGAUGGCCUCUGAGGAGGAGGAGGGCGGCCUUACCGUGGAGGCAGUCGCAGUGCUCUCGGAGGAAGCCCUCGUGCUGUACGUGAAGGCGCUCUCGCUCCUAGCUAAGUCCAUGGACAUCGCAAAUAUAUGGUGGACACGCAGGAACUGGGGUGAUUCCAACUCGACGCAACACGUCGUCAAUCGCGACUCACAGAGCGUCCAGAAUUUGAUCUCGCGGGUAAACUCCGCUGUUCAAUGGGUUCGUAAGCGGUUUAAUGAAACUCUUGAGAAGGCCGAGGUGGUGCGACUCAAGCUACUCGAGGCCCAGCGACAGCUUCCGGAGGACCCAAGCCACUCGGCGAAUGGCCAAUCUGGACCUAUGCUCACCGGCAAUUCGAGCACCGAGGGAAUUGUGCUGUCGCCUGGUCUGAGCGCCGAGAAGUUGAUGUAUGAAAGAGCGCUUGAGAUGAGCCGCGCGGCCGCCAUCAACGAGAUUGCCAAUGAAGAUCUACCCGGGUGCGAACUCUCGUAUGUGACGGCGAUCCGUAUGCUCGAGGCGGUCUUAGACAACGACGAGGAUAUGUCGAAACGCAAGCCCUCCGGGUCGUCCAAGGCGGAGCGUGACGUAAACCGGGAAGGGUCCCUGGAAAUCAACCCAGAUGAUCAGCAGUCUGUGCAUAAGAUGAUUCAGAUGAUCAAUGGUAGACUGGCGGCUCUUCGGAAGAAGCUACAGAUGAUCGCCAACGCUUCCAAGGCGCAACAACAAACUAUAAUACGAAAGCGCAGCGGCGACGUUACGCCGCGAAGCGUCCCCAUAAGCGCCUCAUAG